AUGGACAGUGAUUCUUCGUCUUCCAGAUUUCCAGCUCAGGAGGCCGCGAUCUUUGCGGAAAUUCUGGAUUCGCUCAUCGUGGAUGUGGCUGCCGAGGCGCACCGGGCCGCGCGGCUGGGAUUUGAUCCGAGGAUUGAGAUGGGCGAGGAGGAGGAGCUCCGGCUGUCGUCGCAGGCCAGGAGCUUGGCGGAGAGUGGCAGUGGUGGGAGCGAGAGAGGAGGAGGAGAGAAAUAUGUGGUGGAUGUGUUUGGGCAAUCGCAUCCCGCGAUCGCGAGCCAGCAGCUCCAGUGCAUGAAUUGCGGCCGCUCCGUCGCCGCUGGGCGAUUUGCUCCUCAUCUCGAGAAGUGCCUGGGCAAGGGCCGGAGGACGCGAGCCGCGGCGAACAAGAACGUUUCGAAUGCCGGGCAGCAACGAAGGCCUCGAUCGGGCAACAGCAAGAGCAGCAAGAGCAGCGGCAGUGCGAAUCACAAGGAGAUCAUCUAUGGCGGUGCCCGUGCCGGAUCCUUUCGCGCUCCUCCCGGACGAUGUGGUGGUCAGCUUUCUCCACCGCAUGGUCGCAACAUCGAGCCAGUUCCAGGUAGCGUCGAUUAUCAUCCAGGAUCUGUCAAGACUCAAGAGGCACUGUCGCAGCAGCUAUCCAGGGCGAAAACCUACUCACUGUGUUGCGUACUAGCAACAUUGAUGCGCCUUUUCUUGUGUGCCGCUCUGCUAUCGCUCGAAAGCUUGGGGUUGCUACCACUGCGUGGGUGA